AUGCCUCACCCAUUCCACCCAGACGACUUCCCCAUCAAUGAGGAUAGCGAGGUCAACCCAACCAAGGUGCUGUUCCUCAAGGGCACAAUCCACUUCAAGAAUGAGGCCUCCAUCAUGGACCUGACGGACAAGAUCAAGCGGCCAUUUGACGACUUUUCGCAAAAGUACAUGAGGGACGUGGGCCGGGCGCUGGAAAAGGUCGAGGACGAGCCGCCAAAGUACAGCAUCCAGAGCUCGGGCAGCAUGAUGCGGACCAUCAAGACCAUUGUGGACCGCCAGGGCGAAAAGGUGUGCGACCUCAACAUGACAUUCGUGUCGUUUGACAACUCGUCGGUGCGCUUCCCCGCCGGCAGCGAGCACAGCCGCCACGAGAUUGAGCUCUACUCGGUCGACGAAAAGAAUGAAAAGCACCAGUGCUUUAUCCGCCACAGCAUCCCCUACUUUUGGGACAUGACGGGAGGGCAGCACGGCGUCCUCUACAAGGCCCUCAACCAGAAGCGUGUCGAGGUCGGCAUGGUGGCCGGCUACGGUUGGGGCAAGGACGCCGUCCUCGUCAUUGACGAUAAUGAGGUCGACGAAGUCGUGGCCAUGGCGACUGCCAUUGUCAUGAUGAAUGGAAAGGAUGCCAUCGAUUAUUAA